CCGACUGUCGCACCUUAUUGCUCAAUCUCUCCUCACAAGUCAACGAUAUACGUAAUACUCUGGCUUUUCAAACAAUCAAUCCCACCUUCAAGUUGACAGCUGCUCCAACCAAAAGCUAUACGAUACCCCUUGCUGAUUUUCAAGCAGCCCUUGUUCAGCAAACGACUUCCGCUCAAACACUAUGCAAUGCAAGCCGCUGCUUUGCUCGCCAAUCUUCUGAACAAAACACCCAGCAAUCUUUACAAGCCACUACAUCCACUACUAAUCAUCCGCAGUUUUUUCGAUUCGGUCCGUCCUCUUAGCAGGGCGGUUUCAACUACAGCAACAACCGCAACACCAACAGUCCUCACCACAAGUGUUGAGCUUAAUAGGUUCAUUCAAAUAUUGAAGUAUCAAGCCCCACCUGUUCGACUGCAUCGCCCAACCAUUGAACUUAAACCAACGUUCAACUAUAUCUCUUCUCUCGAUGGUCCUUCGAUCUCGUUAUCUCGUCUUCAAAUGAAAUUGGCAUUUCUUCUAGGUGUCACUUGCUUCUUACGUCCUUCUGACCUCCACCGUAUUCCGUUCAGCUCAACAAAGGUAACUAACACUGGUUCGUUAUACUUUGAGGUCCAUUGUCCUAAAGAGAAACGUAAACACCGAAGAAUUAUCAAGUCGGUUAAAGUAAAAGAACAUUAUCUUCGGCCACUUUGCCCGGUCACCACAUAUCAAACCUUCAACAAUCGUCGCCGUUCUGACUCUCCUGAUACACUGUUUCUGCACUCUUACACUCCACUCAAGCCACUCAGUGUUCGUACUAUUCAACGUUGAAUCGGCAAGCUCCUUAAGAUAUCCACAACAGAAUCGCGGGCUUCUCUUCAGUCCAUCGCUUCGUCUCUCGCUCUUAAAGCAGGUAUUCCUAAAGAUGAUAAUGUCACCAUGGGCAACUAGUUUUCCUCCGCUGUCUUUGAAAAUCUUUAUCGCCGUGAACAUCUCUCCCAAUUUGAUUUCUCCAACACGCUGAUUGAUAUUGACAAUGCUACUGACGAAGAUGACGACUAGUUCUUUGAUGCUGAAGACAAUAUGACAUGCGAUUGAACCAAGUAUUAUUAUUUAGACCAUUUCUCUGGAUCAUCAAAUCAUAUUUCUUAUUUUGUAU